GAGGGACUUUCCCAACAGGGGAAGAAUCCACCCUCUAACAAAGCUGCCCCAGUUGGUGGCAUUAGACUGUUGAAGAAAAAUGAAGACGCCAACUCCAUUUUACCCCCACAGAACACAGCCAAUAAGGCUACAACUGAAUUUGAGGACCUGAUUGCCAGUCUCAAGAUCUCCACAGGAAACCAGGAGGCCCCGCCCCCUCCUGCUCCUGCACAAGUGCCCACCAGCCAGUCAGAUGGACCGUUGUCUCCACAGUCCUUCGCCAUGAAGGGAACUCUGAUGCUGAAGGAGAUGCUAAAGAUUGACGGCGCUGGAACAGGAAGUCCCUCCUCCCAGGAGCCAGCUAACAGCGGAGGUCAGCAGCAGAGCAGGAGACGAUCAUCCAAGAAACUAGCAGCAAAUAUGAACACCCCCCAUGCUGACGCAGCUGUAAUAGCUUCUCCCACAAUGGCCGCCCCCGCCAACCUCUCCAACAGUGCCCUGACCAGUAAGGUGUCAGAGCUGGCGUGUGUCUGCGCGGGGUUAGGAAUGGCACCACCUGAUUUCAGCUUUAUUGGCAACAGACAG